GACAAAAUGGCGCUUGAGAGAAGGGAAUUUGAUUUUCGCUCAUUUUAUUAUUUAUUGGCUCUAUAUCAGUUAUACAUUUACGGGAAUUCUCACGUUAUUAACUGUAGGAAGAUAACCCUUUAAUUUAAAAUUGCGGUAUCACGAUUGUAACAUGAAACACAUGUUUAAAGAUAAAUAAUAGUGUCACAGAGUAUUUAGAAUCUGGUAAAUUAUGUGAUGCAAUCAGUCAGCAGAAAACGUAGUAAAACUCUUUUUUCUUAUUGUCUUUAUUUCCCCAUGUGGGGAUCCAGUUCUACUCGCAGUAAAAUUACGAAUAGCAUUGUAUAGAGACCGGACGAAAAGUACAUUCUCAUUCCACAAUGACGGCAGUCCUUAUAGCAAUGCUCCUUCUAGGAGGAGCACAUGCAGCAUUUGGGGUUGUGAUUUUUGAAUCGAGUAGUAUGACCAUUCAUAUGAAAGAUACUGUUACUGUUGAAUUUUUUGCUGAUAUUUCAGCAGCUACAACUACCUCGACAAUAAAUAUUUUUGCUAACAGUUCCAACGAAGGAAUUGUCACUGUAGAGACUCCGGACUCCAGUACUAUUAAGCCUGGAAUUUGGAACAGUAGCAUAGAAGUGCAUGGUGUGUUUUUGGGGAAUGCUGAUAUAGUUUUAUAUAUUACCAUUGAUGAUGUGGUCUACAGUUCUGAAUCAUUGUCAAUCACUGUGAUACGCGAAGAGCGUGUUAUUGAUACUGUAUUCACAGCAAGUGUGGCUCUUUUGGUAUCAAUUCUUUAUAUUAAUUUUGGAUGUGCCAUGGAUUGGGAUGUUUGUCGAAAAACUUUAAAAAGGCCAAUUGGUCCGGUCAUUGGAUUUCUUUGUCAAUUUGCUUUUAUGCCUGUGAUGAGUUACGGAUUAGCAUACCUACUCUUUCCGGAUAAUGCUGAGAUGCAGUUAGGUAUUUUUUUCACUGGUGUAAGUCCUAGUGGUGGAGCCUCAAAUAUUUGGACUGUUCUUCUCGGUGGUAAUCUUAAUCUUUCCGUAACAAUGACCACCAUCUGUACACUUACUGCUUUUGGAAUGAUGCCUCUAUGGAUCUUUACUUUGGGUGCACAGAUAUUUUCGAGGGGAAAUCUGGUAAUUCCUUAUUCCCGCGUAGCAAUGUUCGCAUUCGCACUUGUGGUACCUUUGGCUAUUGGCUUUUUCAUUCAGAAGAAACUUCCACGAGUCUGCAGAUUGAUGGUUCGAAUUAUGAAGCCAUUCUCGAUUUGUUUGAUACUUUUUAUUAUCAUAUUCGCUAUAGCUACCAAUCUCUAUUUGUUUCAACUGUUCUCUUGGAGAAUAAUUGUCGCUGGUAUGGGCCAACCUUGGUUGGGAUUUAUAUUCGGUUAUGUGGUAUCUUUUAUCCUGAGACAACCUCCACUGGAUACCAGAGCUAUCGCCAUCGAGGCAGGAAUACAAAAUACAGGAAUAGCAAUUUUCAUGCUGAGAUUCAGUUUACCACAACCAGCAGCUGAUCUCACAACUGUUGCACCUGUGGCUUGCGCGAUAAUGACACCAAUUCCAUUAACCAUCCUCUACAUUAUAAAGCUUAUUGUGGAUCGUAGAAAGAAGAAGCUGCGAGCUUCAACGGAAAAACUUCAAGAUAAUCCACAAUCAGUGGUGGCUAUAACGUCUUCCGGAGCACCGACAAGGGUUACGUCAUUCGAUUAGAACUGAGAAAACUUUGAAAUGGUUGUGGAUUUAUACUUUCUUUUUCUAAUAUAUAUAUCAUAUCAGUACUCAGAGCAACCUUAUAUUAAGGCUUGCGCAAAUGGGACUUUUUAACAAGCACGGUCUGUUGUUAUUAAUUGUCAUGCAAUUUUGUAAUCCUGAAACGCUUAGCAAUUACAUGUCCCUAUGGCGACUUUCGGACUGAAGGUGUUCAGGUUUAGACUAUAGGGCUUUUUCAACGUUCGAAUAAAUACAAUUUAUAUAUUUUAUAAA